AUGUAAAGGUUUCAUGGGCAAUUUAGCUGCUGAAUACUACGAAGCUGUGGUCGUGGAUGGAGUCAUCAAGUGUGUGACUGUAUGCAACAGUCUACAUACAAGCCCUAAAACAUGCUACAAUAAGGGAAUCUGCAAACUGUUCAGUGGCUUUGGACCUCUUUGCCAGUGCCAACAUGUGGAGUCCACUUGGUACUUGGGCAAUGACUGUGGCUACCCUAUAGUGAGGACUGCCUUCUACGUAGGGUUGAGCGUGACCCUUGCUUGCCUUUUGGUGUCGGUGGGAGCCUUAACUGCAUACCUGAUGAUCACCAAACAAAAGCAAACACUGAAUAAAGACAUUAAAAACAAACAAGUGAAUCAGUGGAUGGCUGAAGACUUUGAGUGGUCCAGAGCCAACAGCGCCACUGGCACAUACAAUGCUGGUGAGUUUGUAAACAUUCGCACCUGAAGCAUAUGGCGUCCACAGAGAGGUUGACAGACAUCCUGCACCUGUCUACCAGCUCAGCCAACCAUCUUUGGAUACUGACAGCAGACAUUGGAGCCCGUCGGCAAGCAUCUACCUACCAUCACAGCCAGCACGCAGACACAACGCUCCUUCUUCUGAUGCUGGAUUCUCACAGUCUGCCAGCAUACCCCUCAGAGCCAUUCCAACAAACCUGAUGAUGAUCAACAGACCUCAGAUCAGAACAUCCUGGAAUGCCUGACAACUGAAAUCUUGAUGAUGAUGACUACUUGUUUUAUUCAUUUUUGCUGCCUAAUAUAAACGCAUUUAUAUGGAUAUAGAAUGCAGCAGGUAUAAUUGUUCAAGCUGUUCUCAUGAACCAUUCAUAUAUUGCCACAAAAUAGUAAGCAAUUUAAUUUGUAUGUAUUCCA